GCCCCGUGCGUGGCCGAAGCUCACAAUCAGCCCUGUCCCUGCGGCUCCCACCCCGUCCCCUGCGUUCACCUGCCCGCGCGCUCGCCCUCUGGGGACCCGGGGCCCAUGGACACACACACCCAGUCCUGCUGUCCCGCGCGCCAGCUCGCCAGCCUUAACCAAAGGGACACAAGUCACUCCUGGGCGCCUCCGCCGGGCUCCGGGAGCCCAAGGUCGCGGCUGGGCCAGCGCUGACCGUCAGAGGAAGAGAGCAGGAGGCUCCCCAGUCGCCCCAGCAGGCCCAGGCGCAUAGGAUCCCUGGCUUCUGGUCGCCCGGACGACUAAGAGUUUUACUUUUGGUCCAGAAAGCAUUUUCAAGGAGCUGGUCAAGCAUGGCUUUAGCAGAUAAGAGACUUGAGAACUUACAGAUCUACAAAGUUCUUCAAUGUGUGCGGAACAAAGACAAGAAGCAGAUAGAGAAGCUGACCAAGCUUGGAUACCCUGAACUAAUCAAUUAUACAGACCCCGUUAAUGGACUUAGUGCUUUGCACUUAGCCUCAGUUUCCAAUGAUAUUGAUAUGGUCAGCUUUCUCCUUGACCUUGGUGCUCACCCUGAUGUGCAAGACCGAAUGGGCUGUACUCCUACAAUGAAGGCUGCAGAACUGGGCCAUGAAUUGUCAGUGGAAAUAUUAGCAAAGGCAAAGGCUGAUAUGACUAUAGUUGAUAAUGAAGGAAAAGGUGUUUUGUUUUACUGCAUUUUACCAACUAAGCGGCAUUAUCGCUGUGCUCUGAUCGCCCUUGAACAUGGUGCAGAUGUCAACAAUUCUACCUAUGAAGGAAAGCCAAUAUUCCUUAGAGCUUGUGAAGAUGCACAUGAUGUUAAAGAUGUGUGCCUGAUAUUUUUGGAAAAAGGAGCCAAUCCCAAUGCAAUCAACUCAUCCACAGGCCGCACAGCUUUAAUGGAAGCGUCAAGAGAAGGGGUAGUGGAAUUAGUUCGAGGCAUACUGGAAAGAGGAGGUGAAGUGAAUACAUUUGACAACGACAGACAUCAUGCUGCUCAUUUUGCUGCUAAAGGAGGCUUUUUCGAUAUAUUGAAGCUUCUUUUUGCCUACAAUGGAGACGUGGGGCUGAUUUCUUUAAGUGGGAACACACCACUUCAUUACGCUGCCAUGGGUGGUUUUGCAGAUUGCUGUAAAUAUAUAGCUCAGCGAGGAUGUGACCUGAAAUGGAAGAAUUUAGAUCAUAAAACGCCCAGGGCUGUGGCUAAGGAACGCGGCUUCAAAGCAGCAAGCAAAGAAAUACGACGAGCAGAGAGAAUCGCUAAUAAACUAGCCAGGCCGGGAGCCAAAAAUCCAAAUCCACUGUGGGCCCUUAGACUGCACGAUUGGUCCGUAGAACGCGAGCCUUUCCUCCGGGAAGCCUUUUCAGUUUUAGACAGAGGUGAUGGGAGCAUCAGCAAGAAUGACUUCGUGAUGGUGUUGGAGGAAAGGCAAGAUUAUGCGAGCUCAGAACAGCUGACUGCCAUCGCUCAACUUCAUGAGAAAACUCGGGGAGGAGGGGUCAAUAUUAAUGAAUUCUUUAAAGGAACCAGAUAUUUAAACAAGUCUUUUGUAUUAGGAUCUUAUGGACCUAAGAAAAAGAAAAAAGGGAUGGGCAAAAAAGGAAAGAGAGGGAAAUUUGUCUUACCCCUUCCAAUUUGCGUCAUUCCUGAGUACGCGUUUCCACGCCGGCAGGAUGGUGGGCCACCGUAUUACAUGAUUGAGACCUACAGGAAUGUCACUGAUAGCAGCCGGUUUAACAGAGAUCAUCCCCCAGAACAUCCCAUUCAGGAUGACUCUGCUUGGUACAUUGAUGAUUCAGAGAAGGUAUUUUCAAACAUUAAUACUAUCACCAAAGCAGGGGAUCUGGCUUCUCUGAAAAAGGCCUUUGAAUCAGGAAUACCUGUGGAUAUGAAGGAUAAUUAUUACAAAACUCCACUAAUGACGGCGUGUGCAAGUGGAAACAUAGAUGUGGUCAAGUUUCUUCUUGAAAAAGGAGCUAACGUUAAUGCGACAGAUAAUUUUCUGUGGACUCCACUUCAUUUUGCAUGCCAUGCAGGCCAACAAGACAUUGUUGAGCUUCUUGUUGAAUCUGGAGCUUUCAUAGACGCAGUUUCAAUCAACAACUCAACUCCUUUAAAUAGAGCCAUUGAAAGCUGCAGACUGGAUACUGUAAAAUACCUACUUGAUAUUGGUGCUAAAUUCCAGCUGGAAAAUAGAAAAGGGCAUACUGCCAUGGAUGUUGCAAAGGCAUAUGCUGAUUAUAGAAUAAUUGGUAUGAUUAAAGAAAAGCUAGAUAACUUGCCAAAACCAGCGGAAAAUCAAAAACUAAAAGGCAAGACACCUCCUAUACUGAAGACUGAAGGCCCUGAAAUUAAGAAAGAAGAGGAACCACUGUCAUCAAUUUAUGGUGUACCAACCACAUCAGAGGGAAAGAAAGUACAGAAGGAUAAUGUGGUUCAUCUCAAUUCAUUGAUUACCAGUGGUUAUACUAAGAAAGUGGAUAUCACAUUUAUUCCACGGAGGAUUUGGAGUCCUGAAGCCACAACAGCAGAGCUGAUCAGGAAGAGGGAACUACGGCGAGAGAGGUUUACACAUGAGGUGGACUUUGACGAUUUUAUGAUGCCUUUUCAGAAGAACAUCACAGAGAAAGCUCGAGCACUGGAAGCUGCCUUGAAGACCUAAGUUAUAGCAGUUACUUCUUGGGGUAAAUGCUUUGAGGCCCAGGGACCAGUCUCUGGAGAAAGUAGAUAUUUCCAUCAAAGCCAAAGCAAUCCAUACACCAAGAACUUCUUACCAAAUGUUUCUUUUUGCUUUAACAACUAUAAAUAUUCUGAGCUGUCUAGAGAAAAGAUGUAUGUGAAUUUGAAAUGAAUGGUAUAUCAUUCUGGAUAAAUCCCCAAGCCCCUUUAUGAAUGUAGUGAAGUACAUGGCAUGUGGGUUAUAAACAUUG